AAUAUAUUAAUUUUAGGGAAUCUUGUAGACCAAUAGGGUUUCAGGCUAGGAGUAGGUGUGUCUCAGUCCCUUUUAGUGUUUGUUGAAGUUGUAACCUGUGAGUUCUUCUGACCUGUCUGGGAUAAGGCCUAAUAAUGAGCAACCUUCAGGUGCUGUGUGCUGGGCUUCCACUAAAUCCAUUACCCCCAAAGAAAGGGAGAGCCAAAGGUGGGCCCCACGCACCAAAAAGGACUCCUCAUCUUUCCACAGAGGAAGAAAAGCUUGCUCUAGAAAAUGCCUUGCGCUACUUCCCUCCUGAGCUGCAUGAAACCCUGGCGACUGAAUUUGCUGAAGAGCUGAGAUGCUAUGGUCACAUCUACAUGUACAGAUUCCACCCUGAGAUAGAGAUGAAAGCAUACCCCAUCACAGAAUAUCCCUGCCAUACCACACAGGCUGCUGCCGUUAUGCAUAUGAUCAUGAAUAAUUUGGACCCAGCCGUGGCUCAGUUUCCCCAGGAGCUAGUGACUUAUGGAGGGAAUGGUCAAGUAUUCAGUAACUGGGCCCAGUUUUGGCUCGUAAUGCACUACCUAUCCAAGAUGACCAACCACCAGACACUUGUUAUGUACAGUGGACAUCCGUUAGGACUAUUUCCCAGUCAUCCUUCAGCCCCUCGAGUUGUGAUCACCAAUGGAAUGGUCAUUCCCAAUUAUUCAUCCAAGCAGGAAUACGAGAGGAUGUUUGCCCUUGGUGUCACCAUGUAUGGUCAGAUGACUGCUGGAAGUUACUGUUACAUUGGGCCGCAGGGUAUUGUUCAUGGCACAGUGCUGACCAUAAUGAACGCUGGCCGUCUUUACUUAGGUUUGGAUGACCUGGCAGGAAAGGUCUUUGUGACAUCCGGUCUUGGAGGAAUGAGUGGUGCCCAGGCCAAAGCAGCAGUGAUAGUUGGCUGUGUGGGGGUUAUAGCUGAGGUGGAUCAGUUGGUUCUGGAGAAAAGACUCCAGCAAGGAUGGCUAAUGGCGGUUACCAGUUCUCUGGAUGACUGUAUGGAGAUGAUGAGAAAUGCAAAAAAGAAAAAAGAGGUUUUGAGUCUGGGAUACCAUGGGAAUAUUGUAGAUCUUUGGGAGAGGCUGGUGGAGGAAUAUGAGAAAACAGGUGAACGACUGGUAGACCUAGGAUCUGAUCAAACUUCGUUACACAACCCCUUUAAUGGCGGCUAUUAUCCCGUGCAGCUGCAAUUCAAUGAAACCAUUUCCAAUGAUCGUAUUGAUCCAGAUUAUUUCCGCCCGCUUGUGCAAGAGAGCUUAAGGCGGCAGGUAGCAGCCAUCAACAAACUGUCUGAUGCUGGCAUGUUUUUCUGGGACUAUGGAAAUGCUUUCCUGCUUGAGGCACGGCGAGCCGGAGCUGAUGUGGGGAAACUUGGGGGAUCUGGCAUAGAGUUUCGAUACCCGUCCUACGUUCAACAUAUUAUGGGCAAUAUAUUCUCUAUGGGUUUUGGACCAUUCCGAUGGGUGUGCACCUCCGCAGACCCCGCAGAUCUUUCGGUCACUGACCAGAUAGCAGCUUCUGUCCUUGAAGACCUUAUUUCGCAAGCAGAGGUCGGUGAACCUGUGAAGAAACAAUACAGCGACAAUCUGAAAUGGAUUAAGGAAGCUGGAAAGCAUAAUCUAGUCGUUGGCUCCCAGGCCAGGAUUCUUUACUCUGACCAAAAAGGACGUGUCUCCAUUGCUGUGGCCAUCAAUAAAGCAGUUGCUACGGGACAGGUUAAGGGUCCAGUAGUGAUCAGUCGGGAUCAUCAUGACGUCAGUGGAACAGACAGCCCCUUCCGAGAAACCUCUAAUAUCUAUGAUGGCUCUGCCUUUUGCGCAGAUAUGGCGGUGCAGAACUUUGUGGGAGAUGCCUUCAGAGGAGCCACAUGGGUAUCUCUGCAUAAUGGAGGAGGCGUUGGCUGGGGUGAGGUAAUUAAUGGAGGCUUUGGCUUGGUUUUGGAUGGUUCUCAGGAGGCUGAAGACCGCGCUCAGAAUAUGCUAAACUGGGAUGUCUCCAAUGGGGUGGCCAGACGUUGCUGGUCCGGUAAUAGUAAUGCAUAUGAUACGAUAGUUCGAACCAUGCAGAAUGAUGAAAAUCUGAGUGUGACCCUCCCACAUACAGUGAAGAACAAGGAUCUGCUGGAGAAGGCGCUCUCUAGUGUAAAAAAUGACCUUUAAUUUGGUCUUCUGACCACUACACUUGUGCAUUCAGUUGUGGCACUCACCACAGACUUGCCCCUUUCCACAACUAUGCUUGAAACUAACCCAAUCUUCUCCUGAGUCAUGCAGCCUGUUCACCUUUUCUUUUUUUAAACAUGCAUUGAACCUCCUGUUACCAAAUGAAAAGCCAAGAAUGACUUUAGAACACAUCAUAACCUCCCAGCUAAACCGUGCCCUCUAAUCUUUCUAUCUCGUGCAUAUUCCCCACAUGAUGCAAGAAAGAAAUCUGAAAUGGUUUUCGACAUCUGUUGUGUAACUGAAUACAAUAUUUCACUAAAUCCUGAACCAUCCCAUAGUA